UGUCACGUCGCGUCCAUUCUCCAAUCAGCGAUCAUCGAACAGUAAUGAGCUCUUCAACACUUCCCAACCUACUCGCAGACCUUGCCAUUCCUAAAGAAUUCUCCCGUUUUGACAAGCUCACAGAUGAACAAAUCCUUGCUCAACUCAUCAGGUGGAAAAACGGUGUGAGGGCUAGCCUCACGACUCUUCGCGAUCUGCUCGCGACGCGACAAGGCAUUCAAAGCCUACCUGUCGACGAGCAGGCAGAUAUCGCCGCGUCCGUAGCUGCGUUUGAUGGUCCUGGUGAAUGGAUCGCAGAUGAUGCAUCGGCUCUCGCACUAUCCAUCCUCGAUCCGCUUACAAAACCACACAUCCAUCCUCUGGUACUGACGCGUAUCCUGACGUAUUACCUCAAACCAUCUUUUGCUGCCAAUCCGCAUCCACGGCUUAAUCUGCAGACGGGGCGCAAGUUACCUCAGCCAGCGGAUACGCAAGAUGCAUAUGAGGGGCAAGUAUGGAAGACGCGCAUCGGAACUGGAAAUGUUUUGGGAUGGUGUUUACGAAACAUUGAGGCCAGCACGUAUGAAUCAGUUUGGCACCUGAUUCUCCCUCCUGUGAUGACUUAUCUCGACGAUUUCGAAGCACCUUACAAACUGCGGGGAGUGCAGCUCGUAUCCGAUUUGCUUUUUCGCGUUCCUCCGGAGCUUCUUAAGCGUACAGGAGUUGACGGCCUUUUAUUCACAUCUUUAAGUGGUACAUUUAACCACUUGCGCGAUCCGUUCACCCCGGAUCUCAUUCGCGCCGCCGUUCCUACCACCCUGCACCUGAUUGACAUCAUCUCACCACCCUCGCCGGCUCCGCUUCCUCCGACAUCUGGAUCUCCCUCUCAAGGCCGCACCGUAGUUAAAUCAGGGUCCUUCUCUGCAAAUCCGGCCACUCGAUACGAACAUCUAUCUACACUUCUCGGUUCUUGCCUUAUUGGCACUGUCUUCCUGUAUGCAUAUGCCGACCCUGAGGCCAUUCUCGCGGCGACAGACAUGCUUCCGCUUGUACUUGUCCCCAUCGGAAUAGGCGCUGUCAGGUGGCUCAAGGCACUAAUUCCGCAGUUCACCCAUGCUCUUCUCCCGCCAGCCGUUCCUUCACCCAGCCAGCCACUUGAUGUCGAUUUGAGGCUUAAGGUGUCUUCGCUCCGCGCACUAUGUACUUGCAUUGAGACCUGUGCCCCCCGAAUGUAUCUGUGGAAAUACAAUAUCAUUGAUGCAAUUGGACGUGCAUGGGCAAGCGCCAUGGACAUUGAACAUGAACGUCAUACCCAGCUUGCGGAUGAGACAGGUGCAUAUAGCUUGGCAUCGGAAUACAAAAAACUCCUUCGAAUGACUUGCGUUAAGCUGGCAGAAGCAUGCCCAAGAAUCAUUCAGGAAGAAUAUCAACAGCUCAUAGCGUUUGAUUCUGCGCUCUUUGAUGAUCUUGUUUGCAAGGGUUCCUCAGGCACGUCAGACAAAUAACACCUAGUUCUUUCUUGAAACAGUGUGUUGUAAAUUACUAUAGAUCAACCUGAAUGUCCGUAAUCCAGUGGCAAUAUGUAGGUAC